AAGAAAUCUUCAGGCCCAUAUUCUGUUACUCCACAGUCUUCAGGAAUGUCGGCAAAAACGAAAUCGUGGUCGGAGCGGGAAGUUGUGGCGUUCUGGUCGGUCUCCGUUAUCUUAUCUUCUGAUGGAACUACUACCUCUCUCCAUUCCUCGUCUCCGAUCGACCUUCUCACCAUCCUUUUUAUCCUUGCAAUACACGCGCCGAGCGCCCCUUGCAUUUCUAUCCAACAAUGGUUACUUCGCCGGCACCCGCCGAUUGCCCCGCAAUGCCUCGAAAAUCUACCGCCGGCUCGAUUCUUGCCUUGUUGUUCCACCUCCGGCAGGGCGCCGGCCCAUCGCCGUCGUGAAGUUUCUCGGUGGUGCCUUUAUUGGUGCGGCCCCCGAGCUAACCUACAGCUUUCUGAUGGAGCUCCUAGCUAAUGAGGGGUUCUUGAUAGUGUCUGUGCCAUACAGUGUGACUUUCGAUCAUGCCACAGUUGCAAGGGAAGUGUACGAGAAGUUUCAUUCGUGUUUAGAUCGUUUGAUUUAUUCCGGACUUCCUGAGUCAGAUCUUUCUGGCUCUGAACUUUGUGAUCUGCCUCUCUUUUCUGUUGGGCAUAGCAACGGUGCUUUGCUUCAAAUGCUUGUUGGGAGCUAUUUUCCUGAAAAGAUACCCAAGGCCAAUGCUGUAGUCUCAUUCAACAACAAACCAGCUUCAGAGGCAGUUCCUUAUUUUGAACAGAUUGGACCAGCUGCUAGGCAACUGAUGCCUUUAGUGGAAGCAUCUCCCAUCUACUCCAUGUCUCGAAAUGCCUUAGGAGAUGUUUGGAAAGCCCUACUGGAUGGUGCGGGACCAUUUGUACAGGAAUUGGACCAGGAAAUCAUGCUAUCUCUUACAAAAUUUGCUGAUCAGCUACCAUCAGUAAUUGGACAAGUAAAUGAAGGCAUAUCAGAAUUCAGACCUACACCCCUUGAGAACCGUGAAUUUUUCAAGAAGUCCUACCGGGUACCCCACACCCUGCUGGUCAAGUUCAAUAUUGAUGCCUUUGAUGAAAGUGACGUUCUGGAGGAGAUCUUGAAGCCUCGUGUUGAAGAUUUCGGCGGGACUGUAGAAAAGAUCACUUUAUCUGGAAAUCAUCUUACCCCAUGCAUACAGGAUAUUAAAUGGCAAGCGGGAUACCAUUACACGCCAGCUGAUGCUCUUGCUCAGAGCUUGAAGUCCCUGUCUCUUAUUGAAGUUAGGGUUCUAGCUAGAACCAUUGCUGAUUGGCUUAAAGGGAUGGCAGGUGCAAUGCAUCAUAAUCUGGAACCACAUACCUGAUAGUCAAUCAUGGCUCGCCAACUUCUGGUAAUCUGCAACGAUCUAGCAAGUGGUAAAUCAUUGCUCAUCAACUUUUUUAAAGGUAUGUGAAUGUGUGUGGCUGUGGCCGCUGCCUUCAGUGUAUUUCUCAUAUAGGUUUUGUAUAAAACGCAUUCAAAUACUAUACAGGAAAGGUAUUUAACAUUGCUUGACCUUUAGGGUGCUGCCCCCUACCUUUCCUUGAUUAGGGUUUUGCAUAUUUUUUUUACUCAUGGGUAAUAUUCUUCUGCCAUAUUUUUCCAUUUUACACACGCACACAAACACAGACACAUCAUUUUUUUUCUUGCUUCUUUUUCUAUUGAAUUAGCUUAUCCCCACCUAAGAGGUGGUUUCGUCCACUUAUUUGAGACGAAGUGUUUUCGAUAUUGUACUCAAUACAGUUAAA